GUCGAUUACGACGCCUCGUAAUCCGACUAAACUUGAGCUCACGUUCGAUUACUGUAAUUUGGCCUUUUGUGUGGUGGUCACUUCCAAACUGUCCAUAACAUGGCGCCUUUGAUUGCCCCGACCUUCCAGCGCGAACACGGCUACAUCAUCCUCGUGGUCGUGCUCGUGGUCUUUGUCAACUUUUGGGCUGGCUUUAAAGUUGGCGCCGCACGCAAGCGCUACAACAUCAAGUACCCGCAGAUGUAUGCGGAAAAGGGCGACAAAAACUUUGUCGAGUUCAACUGCGUCCAACGCGCGCACCAAAACGUAUUGGAAAACCUUCCAGUGUUUCUGGCCCUGCUUUUCGUAUCCUCCGCGUACCGCCCAGCAUGGGCUGCCAUCGCUGGCCUUGUGCGUGUCGUGGGGUUCGUGGUGUACGUGAUUGGAUACUCCACUGGCGACCCUGCGAAGCGUCAGUACGGCGCCUUUGGGUACUUGGGCUUUCUCGUGUCGUUGGGGUUGGCCUUCGAAGCAUCCUACCGCUUGAUUUCUGCUUAAUAACUAUGAACAGUAUCACGACCUUCGCACGUUUGAUUAUAUUUGAUAUUGCCCCUUGGCACUCUGUCCAUUCGAUUCCUGAACAGACACUAUUAAUAGUAUCCGUGAUGGAUUGGUUAGUACUAACAGUAUGUAGACUAGUAUCUACUGUCUGCAGUGUACACUCAACAGCGUAUUUAAAUAUUUUUAAUAAUCAUGAAAAAAUAAAAAUACCACAA